UGCCCAGCCAUGCCAAACUCCUUAUUGUGGGCUGUGGAUAUUUUUGGGAGAGUGUACACGCUUGCCACAGCUGGCCAGUACUGGGAACUCUGCAAGGAUGCCCAUCUGGAGUUCAAGAGAGUCAGUGCGGUAAAGCAGUGCUGCUGGGGGAUUGCCUGUGACAAUCAGGUCUAUGUAUAUGUAUGCUCCAGUGAUGUCCCCAUCCGACACCGGGAGGAAACCUAUGAGAACCAGCGGUGGAAUCCAGUUGGUGGUUUCUGUGAGAAGCUCAUGCCCAGUGACCGCUGGCAGUGGAGCGACGUGAGUGGGCUCAAGCACCAACAGCUGGAUAGUUUGGUGCUGCCAUCACCACACUGGGAGUGGGAGUCUGACUGGUACGUGGAUGAAAAUUUUGGAGGGGAACCCACCGAGAAAGGGGGAUGGACAUAUGCCAUGGACUUCCCUGCCACCUACACAAGGGACAAGAAAUGGAACUCAUGCGUGCGGCGGCGGAAGUGGAUCCGCUAUAGGAGAUACAAAUCACGGGACACUUGGGCCAAGGUCUCCUUUGCCGGCUGCUUCUUUGGGGAUGAAGUGAGAGGCAGUGGUGACUCCUUGGGCCCCAGUGACACCGAUACUUCCUCUGAGGCUGAGAGGCCAGGGCUGCUGCCUGAAGAUGAGUCGUGUUUGGGCCGUGGCAGGCUCCGUGGUGAAGAGGAGGCCGCAUUGUCUGUGAACAGAGAGGGCAAAGCUCAGGGCACGGCUCCGGCCGAACUCCCCUGGACCAACAUUGACCUGAAGGAAACUCGGAAAACCUGUGCUCACUCGGCCAGCUGCUUUGCUGAGACAUCCAGCCUCUCGUCCCUGGGGCUCUUCCCCAUGGGCUUGGAGGAGGGCUACGGAGCCGACGAUCACCCGCUAUGGGCCUGGGUGUCUGGAGGAGGAUGCACAGUGGACACACACACAGUUCUGAAGUGGUUCACUAUUCAGUCAGGUCUUUCUGCCUCCAUGCAGACCCUUUCUUUGUCCAUCACUCCUGCCCAGACAGCAGCGUGGCGAAAGCAAAUUUUCCAGCAGCUCACUGAAAGGACCAAGCGAGAACUGGAGAAUUUCAGACACUAUGAACAGGCUGUGGAGCAGUCGGUGUGGGUGAAGACUGGCACACUACAGUGGUGGGUGGACUGGAAGCCCCACAAGUGGAUUGAUGUCCGGGUGGCACUGGAGCAGUUCACUGGGAAUGAUGGGACUCGAGACAGCAUCCUCUUCAUCUACUACAUGUUCCAUGAGGAAAAGAAGUACAUCCACAUUUUUCUCAAUGAAGUGACGGUACUGGUUCCUGUGCUAAAUGAGGCCAAACAUUCCUUUGCCCUCUAUACCCCAGAGAAAACCAAACAGAGGUGGCCUAUCCGUCUUGCUGCUGCUACUGAACAGGAAAUGUAUGACUGGCUUGCCCUACUCAGUACGUCCUGCUCCGAAAGCCGAAGGAUCCAAGGCCGCCCUUCCCCCCAGGCCAUCUGGUCUGUCACUUGCAAAGGAGACAUUUUUGUGAGUGAGCCCAGUGUGGACCUAGAGGCACCAGGGCAUCCAAUGCCAUGUGACCAAAUGUUUUGGCGACAGAUUGGGGGCCACCUUCGGGUAGUAGAGUGCAACAGCCACGGGGUCGUCUGGGGCAUCGGCUACGACCACACGGCCUGGGUGUACACGGGGGGCUAUGGUGGAGGCUUUUUCCAAGGCCUGGCCAGCAGUACCAGUAACAUCUACAUGCAGUCUGAUGUAAAAUGCGUCUACAUUUAUGAAAACCAGCGCUGGAAUCCUGUCACGGGCUACACCAGCAGGGGUCUCCCUACUGACCGCUACAUGUGGAGUGAUGUGACAGGACUGCAAGAAUGCACAAAGGCCAACACUAAGCCUCCCUCCCUCCACUGGACUUGGGUUUCUGACUGGUAUAUUGAUUUCAACAUUUCUGGUGGAACUGAUCGAGAGGGAUGGCAGUAUGCAAGUGACUUCCCAUCGUCUUAUCACGGAUACAAAACCAUGAAGGACUUUGUCAGACGAAGACGAUGGGCAAGGAAAUGUAAGCUGGUGACCAGCGGGCCCUGGUUGGAAGUUGCUCCCAUCUCUCUCUGGGAUGUGUCCAUCAUCCCUGGUUAUGAGGAAGGCAGCAAGGACUCCAUUGCCCUUUGGGCCAUCAGUGACAAGGGGGACGUUCUCUGUAGGCUGGGCGUAUCAGAGCUCAAUCCAGCGGGUUCAUCUUGGCUGCACGUUGGCACGGAUCAGCCCUUCAUUUCAGUCUCUGUUGGGGCUUUUUACCAAGUCUGGGCCGUGGCCAGAGAUGGCUCAGCAUUCUACAGGGGCUCUGUGUCCCCCAAGCAGCCAGCUGGUAAGUGCUGCAGUUCCCCUAGCAGGGCCAGAGAACAAUUAGCUAACGUCUUGUAUCUUCUCACUUACCACGCAGUCUGGGUCAUUGCCAAUAAAGUUCAAGGAAGCCACAGCCUGAGCUGUGGGACGGUAUGUCAUAGAACAGGAGUGCAGCCCCGGGAGCCAAAAGGGCAAGGCUGGGAUUAUGGCAUUGGGGGAGGAUGGGACCAUGUUUCGGUGCGGGCCAACGCUACCAAAGCCCUGAAGGGUGUGUCUCAAGAGACGGCGGAAGACAAUCCCUCCAGAACAGCAGACCCCGAAGAGGGAGAUGAGAGCAGAGAGAGCAGCUUCUCUAACAAGACGAUGCUCGUUGUGCAUGCAGGGCACGAGGCGAAUGGCAGCGCAGUGACCUGCUGA